AAAAAUCUUUGGAAAAUGUUUGAACUGCCACCAUUGGGAUAUAAUGCAACAGCUGCUAAAGGAUGCUAAAGUCAACAGAUUUUACUAAUAGACCUACUGAUCUCUGUGUAAAAAUAAAAUAAUGAUGCUGCCAUCUUUCUUAAGUAAUUUCCUGCCCUUGUAAUUUGACUCCAAAUCUUAGGUGAAAAUUGCCCCAAAACAUGUGACCUCCCUCUACAAAACAGUGCAUUACUCAGUAAAUGUUCAUCCAUGGCAUUUAAUAAUUUGGCUUUCUUCAUCAGUUGUGUAUGCAGCACAAGUGACAUGGUAUCUUCAGUAUUUCUGUUAUGGUGGUAGGCAAACUGUAGGGGGUCUAUCUUGUCUGAGGUGAUGUCUUUAGUGUGUUUGAGCACCGGCCUGCCAAAGCCCUUCAUUGUGAUGUGUGUAAAUGCUUUUGGCCGUCAGAAUUCACACUGCAAAACAUUCAUGACACUGACUGUUAAUUUAUCCAUUCCGGCAGGUAAUCAUGACUGCCCGACGUGAAAUAUUUAAAAUAAAUUUAAUAGCAUGGACAUUGAAAACCCGAGGGUUUUGAAAAAGAUGUUACAAACAUGGUUUGUAAAACAUGUGAGCAUUGUUUGUGUAAUAUUUUAUGAUCCUUCAUAUUUUCCAGAUCUGAGUAAAAACUUGUGACCUCAACCGAACUUGCAACUGAACCCUUGCAAAAGUGUGAGCAUUGUUUGUGAAAUACCUUUGUGCACUUACGAAAGAGACCGUAGGAGACCGUUUUUUGUAUCCGCUGCUGCUUCUCCUGUUCAGCUGUGCCUGUAUGUCUGAGGUCCAGCAGGAAGAGAAGGAAGUGCAGACUGAGCAUUUGAAUGUGGAACAAAGAGGUGCUGUUUUGACUCCUGGUGAGUUUCAGCCACACUUUCUGACAGCGAUCUACUCUGAGCUGACAGAGCUGAAAUCCACUGUGAAUUCACUGAAGAACAAACUGGAAGACACUGAAAAACAACUGGAGGUCACUAAGAAAAAACUGGAGAACACUGAGGAACAACUGGAGCAGCUCAGGAGAAACGAUUAUAAAGUGGCAUUUGCCGCCACACUUGGAAACAUUGGUGACCUUGGACCUUUCAACACUGAUAUCACUCUGGUUUACAACAAGGUCUUUGUGAAUGGAGGAGGAGCUUACAACCCAACCACUGGUAUCUUCACAGCACCAGUUAAAGGCGUCUAUUUCUUCUCUGUCUCUGGACGUCACCGCUCAAACAGAAUGAGUCUCUCUAAAAAUGGAGAACCAAUGGUAUAUGUCAUUGAUCAUGUUCUAGGUGACCGCUAUGAAUCAACAGCUAAUUCAUUCUCUUUGACUCUAGAGAAAGGAGAUCAUGUCUAUGUGCGUCUCCGACACAAUACAUGGGUCUUUAAUAAUGAAGCUGACUUAACUUCAUUUGCUGGCCAUUUACUUUUUCCUCUUUGA